AAACCAAAGCCACCGAAGCGUCAAAAUGGCGGAAACCGACGUGAUGGCGGAAGGUGUUGAUGCCUCUGGUAAAACAGUUUUGUAUCUUGAUUUCAACUCUUUGGUCACAGCUGCUGGGCAAGGAAAUAUGCAAAAUGUUGUCAUCGUGAACAGUGCUUCUGGUAACGCAAACAUUUCUAGUGUGCAUGGUGCUAACAUCGCAAAAGUAUACGAAGUGCCUCUGGAUGACAUAACGCGGCCUAUUCCUGUUGCUCACUACGAUGAAGACAAGGUCAGGGGAAUCGUAGAACUUCUUGAGAACCCAAACACAAAAGACCAGGUUGCGCCUGUGGACAUUCUCUGGAUCAAGGGGAGUGAAGGUGGCAACUACUAUUACUCUUUUGGUGGCAACCACAGAUUUGAAGCCCACUACAGGCUUGGGUGUUCAACCAUUCGGGCCAAACUCAUUCGGUCAGCACCUGCAGCCCUCGCCCUCUACUUGGGAGGGUCAACACCAAAUCUCAAGUGAUUGUUGUGGUGCCCAUUGUUGUGCGUGACCUUGUGGAAACAGUCAUCUUAGUUAUUUACCUUGGAUUGGUCCCAAUUCCCAUUGCUUUCUCAACUGCCAUUUCAUCUGUACGAAGCUCACAACAUCAGGAUAAUGAAACAGCAAGACUAUUUUAUUUAUCAUCUGCAUGCGAGGCAUCCCAUUAAUAAAAGAAGUAUAGAGACACUAAA